CUCAUUCACAUUUUCCGUUGCAAAUUGCUACAGAAAACAAAAAUAAUGACUGAUCAAUUAUUCUGAUCUUUCCUCUGCAACAUUUGCCACACUUUCCGUAUGAGACUGGUUUCUGAUAUCUGUGGUUUUCCUGUGAACAAGCUCCACAUCUACUUCUCUAUUCAAACAAUCCUCUCUGACACAGUCACCAUCUUCUGUGAAGUCACACUAACAGUCUGUAGAUGUCUGGUAAAUGUCGUUGUUCAUCCCUGAUAUGGCAGGUCAUCUGUUUCUGGUCAUCCUCCUUUUCGACACCUUCCAAUACAUCAAAGCCCAAGGUCAUCACCAAGGUCAUCACCUUCCUCCUCCCAGUCUGACAGUGAGGCCUGCAGUCAUCAAAGAGAGAGACUCAGUUCAGCUGAGUUGUGAGACUCCUCCAUCUCUCAGUGUGUUUAACUGUUACUUCUACAUAAAAGGGAGGAAGAAUCUUCCAGACAAAUCCUGUACUCAGACACUCACAGGAACAGAGCUGCUCAAGAGGGCAGAUCAAACGUUUCCAGAUGUGGUCAAAGUGAAGUGUUACUAUGAUGUAGUGAGGUCUCACACAUCUCCUUUAAGUAACCCUGUCUCAGUCACUGUUCGGGAAACCGAAACAGAUGUGCAAUUUUGGCACGGAGCAGUGGGUGUGGCUUCUGGAGUGGCCAUGUUACUGAUGGGAUUGACAGCUGUCUAUCUCUGCUGGAGGACCAGGAAAACCAAUUCUCUGAGACCUACAGCCAGACAGGAUGAUCACAGACAAUGUGAUUUGGUGAUGGGAGCUAUGAGCAGUGCAGGCAUGUUGGAUUCAAGGGAUGCUGGGAUCUAUUCUCUCAUCACCUCUGUACCGUCCACGUUCUUUCCCUCAGGCCCUGUUGAAGAAAAUGGAGAGUCACCUGAAAACGACAAUUCUGAUAUGUACCAUGUAUACAGCUCAAUCCCCGACAGACCAGCAACCUCAGCCCAGCCUGAUGGGUUGUACAGUCUUCUGCAGACACACUGACACUACACCUCUGGCUUUCUCUAGCUAUGUCUCACACAUCUCACACAAAUACCCUCUUUCUCACGUGAUGUCCUUUAUUAUCACUCUUCAAUUUACUGUAAAUACGAGUCUCUUAGCAGGUAAUAUAUAUUUUACAUAUGGACACAUGGCUUAUGUUACAUGCCUGUCCAUAAUAUCUGUUACUGUGUUAGCAUUUUUAUUUUGGAGUUUGGAGCAUAAUUUUAUUUUUUCCUCCUAGUAAAUGCUGUAUUUAUGUAUAUUCUGUGUGAUUCCUCCUUCCAUAACGGUUGGAUACAAUUUCUUAAAUAAAUGUGUUCGGAGUCAAAAGGUAAAUACAGACAAUUUAAAAUCACAAUAUCAUCAGUUAAUCUAUUGCAUUAUGAGGCUAUAUAGUGUUUGUCUACAUUUACUUUGUACCAACAUUGGAGUU